AUGAACGGGGACCUCAGUCUUUCACAAGCCCUUGGCGGCCUGCGGAUCGCCAACCCCGACGACUCUCCGAAUAAUUCACAGAACACCGAGACGAGUCCAGACGAUAGCCACACCGCUAGACUGAAUGAGAGACCAGAAUCCAGGGAUCACAGCGCACAUUAUGUUGCCGAUAACAUUGCGCCUCAAUCAACGACUCAGCACACACCUCCUCGACAAACCCACACGUACGAAUCGGCCGCAGCUAUCCUCAAGAACGCUCAGAACAACCUGAAUGCUUCACGUGGAUUUAUGGGUGUAGGCGGCUCUGAUAAUGCUCCACAACAAACGGCUCAGUAUGGCGGGAAUCCGGCAGCAGUUGAGACCCAGAUUUUGGGCUCCACCCCAUUGCCAACUCAGGGUCACCUCGUCGAGCAUGACGGGCAAGGUGGGCAGGGACCAUAUCCCGGGCACAGGAACGAGCAGUCACGGUCGUCCGUUUACGGGAUAAGAAGCGACCCUCGGUUUGAGCAGUCUCAAAUCCCGUCUCGGGAAGGGAGCCGAUCUCAUCCUGCAGGCCGGCCGAGUCCAUCCCAGCCAGCGGUCCAGCCCGGAGGCGCUGUUCCACCAGCCAGGCGGAGUUCCAAGGCAGUGGGAACAGGAGGAGUAGCAGUUGGAGGGGGGGCAUACACAUCAAUUCCAGGUAUUCCGGUGGCGCCACCCGGCAGCUACGGACCCGAGAUGCCGAUGUUGGCCAGCAGCGAGGAGUGGAAGGACCGUGGCGCGGCGGUUAGUCUGAAGCGAGAGGUGGAUGCUGAAGGGAACACAGUUGUUAGGUCCGUCAAGAAGGGGGUUCGAGACUUCUCAUUUGGCCGUAUCCUUGGCGAAGGGUCCUACAGCACUGUUUUCCUUGCCACCGACCGACAGACAUUGCGCGAGUACGCCGUUAAAGUGCUCGAGAAGAAACACAUCAUCAAAGAAAAGAAAAUCAAAUACGUCAACAUCGAAAAGAACACACUCAACCGGCUUACCGACCACCCGGGAAUCGUUCGCCUCUACUACACAUUCCAGGACGAAGCCUCCCUCUACUAUGUUUUGGACCUUUGCAACGGGGGAGAGCUUCUGGGUGUGCUAAAGAAGACGGGAACAUUUGACGUUGAAUGCACACGUUUUUAUGGGGCUCAGAUUCUCGAUGCCAUUGCGUACAUGCAUUCGCGAGGCGUCAUCCAUCGCGACCUCAAGCCGGAGAACGUCCUGUUGGAUGACCAGAUGCAUAUCAAGAUCACCGAUUUUGGUACAGCCAAGUUGCUGCCGGACCCACGAGAACCGCGACCGCCGGAGGAUCCGCUGUCCCAUAACAAACCCCAGGAAGAGAAGAGAAACGCCUCCUUUGUGGGCACGGCCGAGUAUGUAAGCCCCGAGCUUUUGACAGAUAAGGCCGUGGGCAAACCGAGUGAUCUCUGGGCCUUUGGCUGCAUCAUCUACCAGCUUCUCGUUGGACGGCCACCCUUCAAGGGUGGGACGGAGUACCUCACGUUCCAGAAAAUUGUCGGACUCGAAUACGACUUCCCCGUAGGCUUCCCUCGCGCCGCGCGGGACCUCGUCGAGCGGUGCUUGGUGCUGGACCCCGCGCAUCGUCUAACAGUAGAACACAUCAAGAACCACGAGUUCUUUGACGGCCAGCAGUUUGGCAAGGAGCUCUGGAGAACAAAGGCGCCCCGUCUGCGCCCGUAUGUACCCCCGACACAAGAACCUCACGUCAUUCAACUCAAUGGCGGAGGUGGAGGUGGGGGGUCAAGUCCCCCAAAGCCGGCUUCUCGAGGGGGCACCCACGGGCCACCUAACGGGUCACGGCCGUCGAGAAUCAUCACCGAGCUUCCACCGCCGACCCAACUCGACAUUGAAUGGUCACCCGUCCUGACACGAAACAAUGAACGGAUUCUCAAGCUUGGCGAUUUGAUGGUCAUCUCAUCGCCGAUCCCCAACAGCCCACACGGACGUAGUGAUGGGGAAGGGCACAAGAAGUUGUCACGCUUCUUUGGCGGUAGCACGACUAAAAAGAGGCAGCGGCUGGUGAUGAUCACGUCUAGCGGACGCAUUCUGCUGGCUCCGGCCGGCGGCGAGGAGAAACGUGCCAAGCAGGAGAUUUCGUUGCUGGGGUCUGACUGCGUGUGGAAGACACAAAUCGAUGCUAAGGGACAGGCAGUGUGGUGCGUCGAUACUGGCGGCAUACACUAUACUUUCGAAGAACCCAAAUCAUCGCAGAGCGGUGACGUCAAGUUCUCGGUCGAUGAUUGGAUCGAAUCCCUGGAGCGGGCCAAAGAUUUGGCCAUCUCACAGAACCUGAUCGGCUCCUACAGCAGUGACAACGGGUUUGGCGACAUGUCAUCCUCCAUUUCUAGCCCAGCCAGCACUAUGGGCGGCACCAACUUCGCCCCUGCCGCUCGCCAAGACCCGCCAGCCUCUCCUGCGGAAGAGCGACGACGAAAGCGAAGCGACGACGGAAAACGGACCGAAAAAAUGCAGCAGCAAUACCGUGGAUACGCACCGCAACAUGCGACUCCCCAACGUGGGGGAGGCCAGCACGUCCCACAACGUCGCGGCGGGAUCGGCCCCAUGAUGUCGGCCGGGCCACACCAUCAGGUCCCUAUGACCCAGGCGCAAAUCAACCAGCAGCACCACCAGCAGCUGCAAGCCAACCUUAAUGCCAAAAUCCGGAGCCGCAAGCCAACCGACAAGAACCUCCCCGAUGGCGUGGAGGAGUCGUUGGCCGCUGAUAGCGAUGUUGCCGUCUGUUACCGCGAGCUCCGUGAUUUGGAGCGCCGGUUGGACGCCACAAUGACGCGCAAGAGGCUGGAUAUUGUAGACUCGUUGAACCGCAGCGCAAAGCGAUACAAGACAUUGCGCAUUUGGAUCACCAACACGGUCGAGGAUCAGUUCUGGCAAAACAACGGCCUCAAUGUCGACUCUUUUGACUUCACUUCGAAUCUCGAGUCGUCAUACCGCGUCAAGAUCGAGGGCCGCUUGUUGGAUGACGAAGAGAGUGGGGAAACGGACGAGGAAGGGGAACAGCGCAAGGCUGGCGAUGGUAGCGGCGAGGCCGAUGCGGACAAAAUGGAGACGGAUAGCCCGACCAAGACUAAGUCGAAGCCCGGCCCCGCAACCCCCAGGCGCCCCCGUAUGUCGCACUUCUUCAAGGCUAUCACCGUCGAUUUCGACCGCACUAAGUUGGGCCGCCCCGCGAACGAAAUGCCGGUGGAAUGGAAGAAGCCGGAGCGGUCAUCCAGUGGGGGCGCUGGUGCUAACAGUAACCUGGCUGCGGCGGCCGAUUUUGACGAAUUCACCUUCAAACGGAACGGGGACGAGAAUGUUAAUAUCACCGUCAACCUAUUCCGUCAUGAAGACCCGGAGCGCUUCGAGUUGGCCCCCGCGCUAGCCGAGGUUGUGGACAUGCGAGAAGGGACGCGCAACGAGGUGGCCUUGGCGUUGUGGGAGUACAUUAAAUUGAUGAACCUUCAGGAGGACGAGGAGAAGCGCAAUUUCCGCUGCGAUGACCUGCUGCGAAAGGUGGUCUCUCGUGAAAUGGGUUAUCUCCCCCAUCUUAAUGAAUACCUUACCGCCCACCUGCGUCCCCUCCCACCCAUCAAAUUGACCUACACGAUCCGCGUCGACGAAGCUUUCCACAAAGAUUCAGCAUCCCCGCAACCGACCAUCUACGACAUCCGUGUCCCGAUCGACGACCCUUCUUUGCGCGACCGCCUCGCCGCACCGGUCACCGACCCCGCCCGCUACGCGGCCUUGCUCAAGGAUGUCGCUCUUCUCGAUGACCAGCUUGCUGUCCUCGUGCAGGCCGUUUCCCACUCCAAGGCUAAACACACCUUCCUCACCUCUCUUGCCCGCGACCCUGUGCGAUUUGUCCGCGCCUGGCUGAGCUCGCAGAAGCGGGACUUGGAUGUAGUCCUGGGCGAGGCUACACGGAGUGGGAGUGUGGCCACGGGCGGCGGUGGCACUGGAGGUGGGGAUGAUGGCGUGGCGAGCGGGGAUGAAUGGCGCAGGGGUGGGAGGGAUAGCGUGUGGGGGACGACGAAUGCGAGGGAGAGUGUUAAUGUGCUGCUGGCGAAGCAGCCGGCGAGGGUGUAA